CGAUUCUAUAGAGUCGUUUAAACCGGAAGUGACCUUUCUGGGACCGGAAAAGGGAAAGGAGGACCUGUUGCCUUUUCUGAUGCUGGAGUGAGAAGCGGUGACCUUUCCUGCAAGGAGCUGAGCGGAACAGCCUGCCAAGAUGGGUAUUCACUUUGGAAACUUGGAGAGAGUAAGGCAUGUGAUCACCUACAGCUUGUCUCCAUUUGAACAAAGAGCUUUCCCACACUUCUUCUCCAAAGGAAUUCUUAAUGUCUGGAGGCGGUUCAGUACACAGGUCUUCCGGGUGGUGCCUCCCUUUGUCGCGGCCUAUGUCAUCUAUUCCUGGGGAACCGAAGAAUUUGAACGUCUUAAAAGGAAGAACCCAGCUGACUAUGAGAAUGAUGAAUAAUCUGACAGAUAACAAAGAAAACAGUUGCCAGCAUUUAUUCUUGGCCUCAGCUUGUUGACAUGAAUACGCAAAUAUUUAAAAUAACACUGGUUCAAUAAACCUCUCUUCCUGUUC